AUGGAAAUGAAGUUCGUUGAGUCUAAAAAUGCACGUUGUGUUGCUUUUUCAAAAAGAAAAAAGAGUUUGUUCAAAAUUGUAGAUGGGCUUUCAACUAUGUCCGGUGCAAAUAUUGGUGCUCUUCUCUUUUCACCUAGUGGAAAAGCAUAUUCCCAUAGCUCCACUAGUAUAGAAGAAAUAAUAGAUAAAUAUCUUGAAUGGAAACGAGAUAAUUCCCAAAUUGACGAUCAAGCUAAUGUGGACAAAUCAAAUGUCUUUCACGCAUUUGAUGAUCUCCGUGAAGAAUUACAAGUACUGAAUGAGCAGGAAAAAAGCCGAAAAAUGAGGUAUAAGAUCUUGCACCCAGGUGCAGAAAUACCGCAUGAUAAACACAGAUCAGAGCAGUUGGUGGCAAUCAAGCUACGAUUGGACGAACUUAUAAAAGAAGCAAAAAGUUGUGUGUUGGCUGAACGUCUCAAAUUUGAUUUGAAUGUUGUUCUUGGGCCAGAUGAGGGAGAGAGCUCUAGAAUUCACUGA